AUGGCAGAAUCCGACAAUGACAUUGAAUUUUUAGAUGAAGACGCUGAUAUUGUUCAACAAUGUGUUCAGUCAGUACAGUUUGCGCCGCCGGUCGAAGAAAAACCAAUUCCUUUCCUAGUGGAGCGUGAGCGUCCGGCAGCACGGGCUGAAAGGAAACGUAAAAAAAAGAAAUAUGCAGAAGACGAUUCAGAUUACGAUCCUAAUCAGGACUUCAGCCCUUCAAGUCCUCGUAGUCAAAAAGGCAAGAAAAAAAAACCCCAAGUCAUAAAUAAAAAAGUAAAAACUUUCCAUAAAGUCGUAUCGAGAGUUCAAUCAAAUCCAAAUUUAAAAGUUGGAACGAAAGUAUUAAAACAUGUUCCCGCCAAACCUAAAGAGAUAUUAUUAGACCGUAAAAAAUGUAAUAUCAAUAUACCAGACUAUGAUGACCCAUUAUGUUUGCCUGUAAAAGCUAUUAAACACGAGGAGAGUGACAUCAAGAGGUUGAAUAAUUGGAAUAAUGUAUGUUUGGAGCAUUUCAAACAUUGUGAUAAUUUGUUGAAGCCUGAGAGAGGGGAAACAAAUAGUUCUUCUAGAACUGUAGUGUUUAGAAAUGUAGUCAAUAAACAAACAGGUAAAUCUGAAACAACAAUCUGGAGCAAAACAUGUGUAGAAAACGAAGACGGUGAUCGAAAAUCAGAAAUAUUUCAAUGCGUGUUGCCACGGUACAAAGAGAAGAAGGUCCUAACAACCUUUGGACUACUGAAUAGGAAACUGAAACCCUAUCACAUAUCAGAUGAGGUGAUAUUGAGUAAGGAAGACAAUAAGGACGGAGAAGUUCUCGUAGUUUAUAAACCGAAGGAUACUCUUUCUGCUGUUUAUAAGCUGGUUAUGGCAAAUGACAAAGGUGAUUCAAAAGAAGAAAUGGAAGAAAAAGAUGACGAUGAAGUGAAAAUGUAUAUGAAGGAGCUGCUCUGUUGCAAGAUGUGUGUACAUUGCUUCCAGUCAUCUUGGAGAGGAGUCAAAAAGAGUGAUAAGAAGACCAUCGCGUGUCCGAUCUGUUCGCGCGCUUCCUUCGUCACGACGUACAACCUUUUGGCGCACUUCAAGACUCACUCCUCCGAAGAGAUGAGGAAGUACAAAUUUGUCAUCUCUAAUAUACUGGCCGAGAUCGUAGACUAUCACUACAAGUGCCGCGUGUGCCGCGAACAGUUCAACAGCAUCAAGAGGUUAAGGCAACAUGUCACCACUCACCAAGGCAAAGAAUUGUUCACUUGCGAAGUUGGGAACCAUGUGACGAGAUGA